AUGGCUUCGUUCAGCCCCACCCAAAUCUUCGAUGAGGGCACGACAGAGGAGAAGGGCGAGAAUGCCCGCCUCGCGGCCUUCGUCGGCGCCAUUGCCGUCGGCGAUCUGGUCAAGAGCACGCUUGGGCCGAAGGGCAUGGAUAAGAUCUUGCAGUCUGCGUCGACGGGCGAGAUCAUGGUCACGAACGACGGCGCGACAAUCCUCAAAUCGAUCGCCCUCGACAACGCGGCAGCAAAAGUCCUGGUCAACAUCUCCAAGGUGCAGGACGACGAGGUUGGCGACGGCACCACGUCGGUGGCUGUGCUCGCCGCCGAGCUCUUGCGCGAGGCCGAACAGCUCGUCGCCAAGAAGAUCCACCCCCAGACCAUCAUCGAAGGCUACCGGAUAGCCAGCCAGGCCGCGCUGAAGGCGCUGGAGGCGACGGCGGUAGACCACAGCAACAACCCGGAGGUGUUCAAGAAGGACCUCCAGGCGAUCGCCCGGACCACGCUCAGCUCCAAGGUGCUCGCCCAGGACAGGGACCACUUCUCCAAGCUGGCCGUCGAGGCCAUCCUGCGGUUGAAGGGCUCGUCCGAUCUCAGCCACAUCCAGAUCAUCAAGAAGGUUGGCGGCAAGCUCAGCGACUCGUACCUCGACGAGGGCUUUAUCCUGGACAAGAAGAUCGGCGUCAACCAGCCGAAGCGGCUGGAGAAGGCCAAGAUCCUCGUCGCCAACACGUCGAUGGACACGGACAAGGUCAAGAUCUUUGGCGCGCGGCUCAAGGUCGGCUCGACGAGCCAGCUGGCGGAGCUCGAGAGGGCCGAAAGGGAGAAGAUGAAGGCCAAGGUGGAGAAGAUCAAGGCGCACGGCAUCAACUGCUUCAUCAACCGGCAGCUCAUCUACAACUGGCCGGAGCAGCUCUUCACCGACGCGGGCAUCAUGUCGAUCGAGCACGCCGACUUUGACGGCAUCGAGCGGCUGGCGCUGGUGACGGGCGGCGAGAUCGCGUCGACCUUCGACGACCCGGAGCACGUCAAGCUCGGCCACUGCGACCUGAUCGAGGAGGUGCUGAUCGGCGAGGACACGCUGAUCAAGUUCUCGGGCGUGGCGGCGGGCGAGGCGUGCACCAUCGUGCUGCGCGGCGCGACGGACCAGCUGCUGGACGAGGCCGAGCGCAGCCUGCACGACGCGCUGGCCGUGCUGUCGCAGACGGUCAAGGAGCCGCGCACGACCCUCGGCGGCGGCUGCGCCGAGAUGGUCAUGGCCAAGGCCGUCGAGGGCGCCGCCACCCGCGUCGAGGGCAAGAAGCAGACCGCCGUCGCCGCCUUCGCCGUCGCCCUGCGCCAGCUGCCCACCAUCCUGGCCGACAACGCCGGCCUCGACUCGGGCGACCUCGUCGCCCGCCUGCGCAAGGCCAUCUACGACGGCAUGACCACCUACGGCCUCGACCUGAUGACCCCCGGCGGCGGCAUCGCCGACAUGCGCGAGCUCGGCGUCAUCGAGAGCUACAAGCUCAAGAAGGCGGUCGUGUCCUCGGCCAGCGAGGCCGCUGAGCUCCUUUUGCGCGUGGACGACAUAAUAAGAGCGGCGCCGAGGAAGCGGGAGAAACACUGA